GAAAAGUGGUGAUCAAAUUUAAGAUUUUCACAAAAAAGAUGACGUCGGGAUUGAAUUCAUUUACCGACUGGCAACAGUAGAGGAAUGUCUUAAAAAGUUUUCUGAGGCUCGCCUUCGGGUUUUAUGGUGUGGCUUAAACCCUCCAUUUCGGUGCUUUUGCUCCUAAUCCUCAAGGAUGGUUUCAGCUCAAGUACUGUCGCUCGUUUCUCCGACCAAGGUUCAUGUUCGCUGUGAUUCGUCGAUUCGCCCGUCGGAAGCUCCGGUUUUAACCUCGACCCUCUUUCAGAAUCAGGUUGAAUUUCGGACCCUUUUGAGAAAUUCCCGAUCUUUCGCUCCGAAACUCGCCCGAACCAACAAUCGGCCUUUGCCCGUUUCGUCCCUCCCUCUCCAACGCUCUUCGCCUUCCUCUCGUGAGAAUUUCGUUCAGGUUUUCGCGAGAAAGGCCGCUGUUUUCCUCGUCGGGUCGUUUGUUUUCCUAGGGUUAUGUUCCUGCAAACCGGGCUUGGCACUACCCUCGGCGACAGUGAGAUCUGAGACGGAGUACGAGGAAGAAGAAAUGUUCGAGAAGGUUCUGGAGAGAGAACCGAAUAACAUGGAGGCCAUGAAGGUGGUUGUGUACGGGAAGAUGAGGAGAGGGAAGACAGCAGAAGCUGUGAAGUAUAUAAAGAAGCUGAAGCGAAUCCAGCCUCAGGAAACCGAGUGGAAGCUUCUGGAAGCGCUUUGCUAUGAGAUGAUGGGGCAACUGACCAAGGCGAAGAGGCUUUUCAGUGAUGUUCUCAAAGAAAACCCUCUUUUGAUCAGAGCUCUGCACGGUCUUGCCAUGGUAAUGCACAAAAGCCAUGAAGGCUCUGCUGUCUUUGACAUGCUUAAUGAGGCUCUGGAAGUUGCUCGGCAAGAGCAAAGAGUAACUGAGGAGAGAAACAUACAAGUCUUGAUCGGGCAGAUGCAUAUCGUAAUGGGUCAAUUGGAGGCGGGUCUGAAGAUAUUCCGAGAAAUGGUGGAUGAGAACCCGAGAGAUUUCCGGCCUUAUCUUUGCCAGGGUAUAAUUUACAGCUUAAUGGAUAAGGAGGAGGAAGCAGAGCAGCAGUUUGAGAUAUACUGGAGCCUUGUUCCAGAAGAAUUUCCCGAAAGGGGAUUUCUAGACGAUGUUGCAAUGGCCGCUCAAGCCAAAUCCCGAGAACGACUCCAAAAUUCGUUUAGAGCUAAAUCUGCUUACGGGAAUUAGGCCACUGAUAACAUUUUUGAAUCGUAAUCUCGGUUUGAGUUCUUCUCUUCAUCUACCAUCAAUCAAUUACAUCUUCUGAAUAUGCUGUCAUACUUUCGAGCAGCAUCAGUUGAAUCUCGUGUUGCAGAUACAUAUGUUCAUCGCCGAAUCUUCGGGAAGAACUAUGGAUCCGAGAAGGUAAUGAGGCGAGAUCACGAAUGAUCUUCAAGUUGCCCAUGGAUUUCUGCUGACAGUCUCUCUCUGUAUAAACUGUGUUUGCAAGUGUUGAAGAACCAAGGACAGCUUCUCUU